AUCCCACGAUCCAAUAUUCACAUUUCACAACCCUUAUUCCCUUAAUACUCAAUUCUCUGUAAAACCACCCCACAAGAGAAAGAGAAAACAUACCCUUCUUCAACCUUCAGACCAUAUAUUCUCCUGGGUUACAUUGAUAUUUGCAAAUUACAAGGUAAACAUGUGCAUAUGAUAAUUUGCAUUACAACGUCGUUAAUCUGUAAUCGGUAAGUAAAUCCUUUUUGUUUCUAACCAUACGUCCAUACCCAUACCAAUUUUAAAUUUUGUUUUCUAUUCUGUAAAACAUAUGCAUUUUCAUCUUAGGCUCCUUCUAAUCUUCUGCUCCCAACGUAAUGUGUUAACAAAAUCACAUCUUGUAUACAAAUCCCAUAGGGAACAAACUGCGUUUGGGAUUUACUGAUUUUAUUCCCGUGGCCGUUUUCUCCUUCUUGAGCUCAGCUCAGUUGGAGAGUUUAAUUCUUGAGGGCACAUUCUGGGAGCGUUUGCUCAUAUAGUAAGAGUCUUAGAGAGAGGCAUUCAAUUUCGUUUCUGAUGUAUGAGAAUUUUGGUUGAGAUCACAGGAAUUAGAAGGGUGGAUCACAUUUGAAAUGAUUGCAAAAUUUUGAGAUUGAAGAGAGAUAGUAAAAUGGGAAUUUGUGCUUGAUAUCUCUCCUUGCCUUCCAACUGUUUGAUAUUUUGUUUGAGAGAAAAAAAGAGAAAAGUUGACUAGAUUGAUUAACCUAUAACAUUAACUAAUGGUCAAUGGAUAAUGUUCAAGUCUUCAAGAUCCAUUUUGCAUUUAAAAAGACUCCACCUACAAUCAAAAGUCAAAAGAUGAAUCUAAGGGUUGUGAAGGGGAAGAACAGUAUGAUGAAAGGGUGAGCACUCAAAUGGCUGCAAAGUAUUUGCAUUCACUGGCAGAUGAAAAUCCAGAUCUGAGGAAGCAAAUAGGAUGCAUGACAGGUGUCUUUCACAUCUUUAAUCGCAACCAGAUUGUUUCCAGAAGCCAUGGCCAUAGAAGCCUUCCUCAUGGUGGUUUGCUUUCCAACAAUGGGACGCCUGAAAGAGAGUCAAGUGUAAUUUCCCAAAGAAGCCCAAAUAUGGAAAAACAUUCAAAAAAGCAGUAUAUGGAAAAACACAGGGUAUCCACAGAAUCAUAUAAAGAAUCUAUAUCCUCAUGGUCUCCUCCAUCUCCCUUUUCUUAUGUGAAUAGAAGAUCAAAUCCAGAAACUGAUAAAUCAAGUGCUUCUGGACAUCAGAAUCUUGACCUUAGAGAUGUAGUCAAAGACUCAAUGUAUAGAGAAGCCCGUGGGUUAUCACAUAAUGUUCUUGUUGAACUUCAAGAACCCGAUUGGUAUUGUAAUGAAGCUAAUGAAUUUUCAAGAUCAAACUCUUGCCAAUUUAAAGAUGGGUUUUCUAAAAUUUAUCCAAGAUUUUCGUAUGAUGGACAUACAGCAACCCCAAAGCAACUGAAAGAACUUCCAAGACUUUCUUUAGAUAGUAAAGAGAGAUCCAUACGUACUCUUAACUCUAUUUCACUUGUACCCUUUAAACCAUAUGAUUCAAAAUCUAACCUAAAUUCAAGAAACCCUAAUGAAAAAUCCCUGAUUCAGACCAAACCACCCAGUGUUGUAGCCAAGUUAAUGGGAUUGGAAACUUAUCCCAAUUCCACAUCAACCAGCAACAAGGAUCUUGAUUUGUUGUCAAAAUCUUUAAAAAUCCCUAAUUCCACAAGAGAACAGGCAUUUGAAUGUUGGAAAAAUCCCGACAUGAAACCGAUUUCUAGGGUUCCAAUUGAAGCAGCACCAUGGAAGUAUCCACAUGGUGGUCAAAAUCCUCAAAAACAAUCUCCUCGUGUUACUAAAUCCACUUCUGUUUACAGUGAAGUGGAUAAAAGAUUGAAGAAUCUUGAGUUUUUAGAAUCUGGAAAGGAUCUCAGAGCUCUUAAACAGAUAUUAGAGGGAAUGCAAGCUGUGGAAGCAAGAAAAGGCGAAAGAGACAAUACAGUUGAUCAUCAAAGGCCACCAUCUAAGAAUGUUUCAACUGGUCAAGAAUCACAUAUUGUCAUCAUGAAACCAGGAAAGAUUAUUGAAAAGGGUUUUAUAAAUAAUAAUAGCAAUAAAAAGGUUAAAGAUCCAAAUACUGAAAUUACAGAUUCUUCUUGUAAACCAAGAAAGCAAUCAGAGUGUAGGUCUCCUAAUAGGAGGAGGCAGAGUUGUAGUUCAACACAAGAGAAAUCAACCUUGAUUGUGAAAGUGGAUGAAUCAGAAUAUCCAAGUCCAGAUUCUGUUCUUGAUGAUUCAGUCUAUAUGGAUAAUUCACCUUCACCUGUGAAGAAACAGACACCAAAUACCCAAAAAGAUUAUCCUAAACAAAAGCGUGAAAAACUUAAGAAAAUUGAAGAUUUGGUUGAAAAACUUAAGAGACUAAACUCCAGCCACAAUGAAGCUCACACAGAUUACAUUGCAUCACUAUGUGAAAACACAAACCCUAACGACAGAUACAUUUCAGAAAUCAUGUUAGCUUCUGGACUCCUUCUUCGAGACCUUGAAUCUUUUGAGUUUCAUUCCUCUGGUCACCCGAUUAACCCGGAGCUGUUCUUGGUGUUGGAACGAACCAAAUUUGGUAAUUUACAGAAAGAGAAGUUUCACAGGAAGCUAAUCUUUGAUGCUGUUAAUGAGAUUCUUGUGGAGAAGUUAAAUUCGGUUUCAUUGAUUGUUCAGAAUCCUCGAGAGCUUUUGAGGGAGGUGUGUUUGGAGAUAGAAGAGAUGCGGGUGGAGAAGAAAGGUGAAAGGUGUGAUGUUGGGAAGGAGGAGGAGGAGGAGGAGGGGGAUGAGUUUAAGAGGAUUUUGAGGGAGGAUAUUGUGAGGCGGCCGGAAAAUUGGAGGGGGUUUUAUGGUGGAUGUCCGGUGGUGGUUAUGGAGGUCGAGUGGUUGAUUUUUAGGGAUUUGGUUAACGAAUUGGUUGUGAUGGAAAGUGAAGCUUAACUUGUUAUUGAAGUCACCACCUGUGACUUUUUCCGGCGGGAAUUUGUUAGUGUAGGGAAGAAGACUGUUAAUUUGUUAAUACUUUUGCAACUCUAAAAUUAAAAAUCGGUGAUCAAAAUUACCGAUCUUGUGCGGAAAAGUGUGAGUGAUUAAGGACCGAUGUGUUUGACCAGUCCAUGAUUGAUUAUUAUAAAUAAGCAUUAUUUAUUGAAUUAUAUAAUAAACGUUACAUACAUUAUCAA